AUGGCGCCAGUCGUGGAGCUCUCGGAUGUGGGUCACUCCCGCUCCCUCCUGGUGGAGCUGAAUGAGCAGCGCCUGCGGGGCCAGUUCUGCGACGUGACCAUCAUUGCUGAAGACACCAAGUUCCAGGCCCACAAGAACGUGCUGGCAGCCUCCAGUCCCUACUUCAAGGAGGUGCUCCCCGAGGCCUCUGGAGAUGCCUCGGUCUCCUCCCCCAGAUCCUGUGGCUCCCCAGUGGACUUGACAUGCCCGUCGCGGCCAGCCGAAGCCACCAGCCCCGUCUGUGUCCAGGAGCCGCCCAGCCCAGAGCGGGAGGCAGACAACGAGACUGCAAAGAUCCUCUACGCGCUCAGCACAGCACCCGCUGAGCCGGCCCUCCUGCAUGGUGCCUCUGAGUGGGAGCGGGACCAAGGCAGUGAACCCCCUGUCACCGAGGCCGCUGGGAGUGAGCCAGCACCCUCUGCAUCACCAACAGGCAGCAGCUUCCGCUGUGGGCUCUGCAACCGCUCCUUUGCCACCCCGGCUGCCCUCAGCCUGCAUGUCAAGCUGCACCGCUCCCGGCGCUCCCUCUCCUGCCGCCACUGUGGCAAGACUUUCAUUCACAUCAAGCGGCUGCAGACCCAUGAGGUCCUGUGCAAAGAAGCGGGUGAGGAAGAAGAGGAGGCAGUGGCUGCCCCAGAGGCAUCACUCAAGCCCCAGCCGGUGGCACCGGCAGCAGCUCCCUCUGCUUCUGCACCGCCCAAGCCGAUGUCUUCCAAGAAAGGGCUGCUCUUCCGCCACCGAGCCUUGCAGCGACUGGACUACAUCCCAGAGCAGGACCACUUCGUCAAGGUGGUGGACGGUCACAUCAUCUACUUCUGCACCGUCUGUGAGCGCUCCUACAUGACCCUCUCCAGCCUCAAGCGCCACUCCAACGUCCACUCCUGGGGGGCACCCUUCCCCUGCCGCUACUGUGACAAAGUCUUUGCCCUGGCUGAGUACCGGACCAAACACGAGGUCUGGCACACCGGGGAGCGCCGGUACCAGUGCAUCUUCUGCUGGGAGACCUUUGUCACCUACUACAACCUGAAGACACACCAGAAGGCCUUUCAUGGCAUCAACCCGGGACUCAUCUCCUCUGAGAAGACGCCCAAUGGGGGCUACAAGCCCAAACUCAAUGCACUCAAGCUCUACCGCCUGCUGCCCAUGCGCUCCCAGAAGCGACCCUACAAGACUUACAGCCAGGGGCUGUUGCCUGACGGCCUGUUGCUGCCCCCACAACCCCUCCCUGUGGCGCUGGGUGACGCGGACCCCAUGGGACACUCCGGGGAGGUGGGUCCUGUCUUUGGGGCUGCCAGUGCAUUGGAGAUGCCUGAGGCUGAGCGGUUUCUGUUGCCGGCGCCAGCUGAGCAGAACGAGACAACAGCACCAGCACCGCCAUUCCCGGUUGAAACGGGCUUCGGGGCGACGACAGAGGAGGGGCGGCGGGUGCAGCCAGAUGGCGAGGCCCCCUCAGUCAUCGCCUACGGUCACCCGGCCUCCUCGGUCAUCGUGCACAGCACGUCGGUGCUGACCGCAGGAAGCGGGGGUGGCCAGGCCUCCUCUGUCAUCACCUACAACAGCAAACUGGCCACUCCCCGCCCUGCCCCGGCUGAGCCCCUCAAAAAGCAAGUGCUGAAGGAGUACAUCCAAGCCCAGAAGGCAGCGGCAGAGCAUGCCUCGGAGGAGGCGGGCAGUGGGGAGCCAUCCAAACCCCGCAGCCUGCGGCCUGGCCGCACCAUGACGUACAUGGCCAAGCCGGCCUAUGUGGGUGCCACCUCGGAGAGCCGCAGCGCCCCGCUUUGCCAGAUCACGGUGCGGAUCGGCGAAGAAGCCAUCGUUAAGCGGCGCAUCUCUGAGACUGACCUGAUGCUGGACAAGAGCCCACGUGGCCCCAAGCGCUUCGAUUUCAGCCCAGCUGAGAAACCGACUCCUGGCUCUGGCAAACGUGCCAGCAGUUCCUAUGCUAACGAGAGUGGUGAUGAGGAGAGUGAUCGGGAUGCCGAAGAUCAGCUCUGGCGUCCCUAUUAUACCUACAAGCCCAAGCGGAAGGCCUCUGGCUCGGGUGGGGCCGGCUCUGGCGUCCCCAAGGUAAAGCGCUCUUCACGGUGGCGCCGGAAGCUGAGGUCCCUGCGCUGGAUGAAGCGGGCAGAGAAAGAGGAGGAAGGGGUGGAGCCCAGUGCAGCAUCCGCCCAAGCAUCGCCUAGUCCCGGUGGUUCCGACGCCACGGCGCCUGAGCCGGUGCACAAGGCCGGGCGCGGCAGCACUGAGUGGAAGCAUGAAUGUGGAGCCUGCGGCAAACUCUUCUCGGCCCUCAAGAAACUCCGGAAGCACGAGCGCGUGCAUGAGCGGUCAGGCAAAGACAAUCCGGCUCCGGCUCCGGCCCACCGGGUAGGCCGUAAGCCUUCGGUUAAAUUCACCUGCACCCACUGUGCCAAGGUUUGCAAGACAGCAGCGGCGCUGAGCCGGCACAUGAAGCGGCAUGAGGGGGAGAUCCAGGAGCCUGUCCCGCCUGCCCUCACCACCGUCAUCGCUUAUUCCAAGAAACCAGAGGAGCCGGCACUGACGGCUGUCAAGGAGGAAAUCACUCAGGAGAUGCAGGUUUCGUCGUCCAGUGGAGAGGCACCAGCUGUGGAGGCCAGCCGGGCCCGCACUGCCAGUCAGCAGGACACGCCGGAGAGUCAGGGGGCGGUAAUAGCACCACCCCAGGAGGAGGAAGAAGAGGAGAUGCCACCCGAGACGGGCACGGCGGUGGAGGCGGCUGCCCCUCUGGCCGAGGCCACCACCAGCCAUACUGAGUUGGCUCCAGCGCUGCCCGGCCCCCCAGCUGCCCUCUCCCUGCAAGACCCCGUCAUCUCGCACACCGGCCUGGCCCCGGCGCCCCCAGAGGAGGAGGAGAGGGAAGGCUUCCAGGAAAGGUACCCAGUGCAGGAGUACCCACUGCCCCUGCUGGCACCGGGGGGCUGCCGGACCCGGAAGGAGGCAGAAGACAAACCUCCCUUCCUUGCCUACCCAAGCGCCAUCCCGUUUAGCACCAUGGGCAAAGCCGGGUCUGGAGAAGGGGAGGGCAAAGUGAGCUUCUACCCUGACCCCUACCCGCUCAUGUACGGGCACCAGCUGCUGGCCGCCUACCCCUACAACUUCACCAACCUGGCCGCGCUGCCUGUCGCUCUGAACAUGGUCCUCCCAGAUGACAAAGGACAGCCCCUGCCUUUCCUACCCAGUGUUUUUGGCUACUCGGUGAACCCUUGCCGGAAUGAGGCCCAGGAGGCAGGGAGCACCGGGGCCCAUGGGGCUGGCAGCGGAGCUGGGGUCGGGGGUGGGACAGCUGUACCCCGGGGGGUGGUCCGGGGAGAGCCCUCGGCACCCGAGCGCCUGAACAAGGGAAAUCUCCUGUGAGAGUUGGGGGGUAGGCGCCGGAGCUGGGCUCGGUGGCAGGUGCUGGUUCUGCGAUGGGGGGGGAUGCUGGAGGCAGCAGGGUUGGGGGAGAUGCAGGGGAGCUUCAGAGCUGCAAUUAGGGGAGGGUAUUUUGAGCCAAUUAAGGAGGCACCCGACCCAAGGUGGGAAAACUGAGGAAGAGGUGCUGCAGGCAAGUGGGGGAUGCCCCCAGAGCUGUGAUAGAGGGGAGCUGUGCCAGAGCCUAGUUGCUGAGCCGAAAGAGGGGGAGUGGAGGGAAGGACACUGGAGUCUGGCUUGGAGGUGCCGAAGAUGAGAUUUGGGGAUGGGGUCCCAGAGCUGGGCGGUGGAGACGCUGGAGCAGAGGUAUAGGAAUGGAGGACGGGGUGCCAGAGCUGAGGCACGGAGGUAUUGGAGCUAACCUAGGGGCGUGGAGAAAGGAAGGAGUGCUGAUGCCUGGCUGUGGAGGUGCUAGAGCUGAGCUUAGAGACAGGGCAGAGGGGGGAAGGAGCAGUGCUGCAGCCAAGUUGGGGAGGCAGCCGGAGCCAAAAUAGAGGGGGGACUAUGCCAUAGCCUUGCUGCGGAGGUGCUGGAGCCAAGGUAAGGGAGUGGAGGGAGAGGUGCCGGAGCCAAGUAGAGGAGGCCCUGUGAAGUGUGAUGUGAGGAGUAUGCUGGAGCUGGGAUGUGAGGUGGCCGGGGCAGGAUACUGGAGACGAGAUGGGGCAGAGGUAUUGUUCCUGACUGGUGCGUAUGGGGGGAAGCAAUGACUGACAGCCGUCAUUCCAGAUGGAGUGCCCUCUUCAAUCUCUUCCCCCUUCCAUGACUCCUCAGGACCCUCCCCCCCUUGCCACACCUUUCAGGAACCUUUCCCCUCGUAGUUCCCCCCAGAGCCCCUCUUGCUCUUGACUCAUCUGGUGGGGGCAGGGCUCCCAGGCAUGCACUGCGAUGGGGUUGGGGAGGGAUUGUAGCUGAGAGGGACCAGUGUGGGGGGUCUGGGAGAUGAGGGUGUCCCAUUUCCCGUCCUGAACCCCCACCUCUGAAGGGUAGGGAGACAGUUUGGGAGUGGGGGAGCCUGGAUGGGAGGGGACACUGUAUCUGCUCCCAGAAUGCACUGCAGCCCCCUCCCCAAAUCCAGUUCCUGCAGUGUCCCAGCAGGGGUUGGGGGGGAGCAGGGGGAGCUCCCAGCUACCCCAGCCUGGCUGCUCCCAGCAGGGGCACAAAUCCUCCAGCAGUUCCUGGGCUCCCUCCUCACCUGUUGCUGCCUUCAGCUUCCUGUCCUGAGCACCCCACCCUGUCCCCUACCCCCUUUCUCCCUCUGCAUCCAGCCUCCACCCCAGCUCCCCCUUUCCCGCGCUCCUAGCCCUGGCAGGGCGCCAGGCUCUACAGUCACUGGUGACGCUUUGCUUUGGAGCCUCAACCGGCUGAGUCACAUUUUCCUUUCGGGCCGGGGAGCCUUCCACCGCUCCAGCUCUUCGGUCCUAGUGCACUAAUUGUUCUCCAGUCUGGGCCACUGACCCUCCCUACUGCACUAGCCCUUUUCCUGCUUACCCCCCCACAUGCCAGGGUGGGGGGUCAUGUAGGAAAUGGGAGCAUCCCCCUCCAAAAGAGACUCCUCAUAAACAACUGUAGUUAAAGCAACUCCAAAAGCAGGGAGGGUUGUGGUGAGCCCUUCUGCCCACCCAGCAAACUCCAGCCCCCCGAUCCCUCUCCCCACAAAACCUGCUCUCCAUGCCUGCAGCCUGAACAUCCACCCCUCUGCCCCUCCAAAGCAGCUUCCCCGCCAGUGUCCCUAACGUCCCAUCCCCCAGUCCUUCCCUAAUGGUGCCUCCUAAACCUGCUCCCUAUGCCCCACCACAUCUACCACCUUCCCGCUCCUCGUACCUCCCACCAGCUGCCUCGUCACACCAAUCCAUCUGCCCACCAACCGAUCUCUGGGUGUAGGAUUGCAUUGCAGAUACUUGGGGUGACAGGCACCCCUUAUUCUGCAGAUCUUCCCCCUCCCCUCCAAAAGCCAGAUUCCUUCACUCUUUUGGGGCACAUGAGGGGUGUUAGCCCCCCCCAAUCCCUAACCUUUGGGGUUCCAGUGACUUGAGAUACACCUUGGAGGGGGUGGAUUUGGAAGUGUGUGGGCCUGGGAUUGUGCUGCUCUCAGAAUCCUUUGCUGCCCUAGUGGGUCACAUUUGGGGGAGCAAAGGGGUGUGCGGAUUUCCUUGGAGCUUGGGGGGGGAAUCUGAGGUUUGAUCCCAUUUAUACACCCUAGUAGCUGGGGGGAGUGGUAUGUGAUCUCCUUGGCUUAACUUGUGAGGUAGAGAGGAAAUGAGGGAUGCAGUUUGGAGGAAACAAUGCUGACACUCCACAGUGUCAUGCUGCCCCCUGAUCUUCCCCUUCUUAUCUCUGAAUCAUUCCCCUAAAUUCACCUGACCUCCCCCCAUCUUGCCCCUGCACCAGCUCCUAAAUCUCUCCCCAACUUCCCCCCAAAACUUGCCCAUGAUCCCCAUGGAUCAUUGAGCUGGGGGGGGGGGCAGCAAAUAACCCCUCCCCU